UCUCAUCGCGUUACAUGCGUCAACCGUGUCACCUCUCUGAUGUUAUUACAUAAAAUCCAUUCGUAUCUCAAAGAUGUAUUCUAGAUAACCUGUGUGUAGAUACAUUUGAAUUAUUGUAGCGAGCGAACCGAUUUCUAGUGCAGUGCAGUGUGGUGCUUUCUUUGCGUGUCGUCCAGGCCGUAUCUGCGAAAAUGACGGCCUUCUCCGCUUACUUGGUGGUAGUUUUCGUCGUCCUCAGCGUGGCCAGCGCCAGGAAUAAGUCGCCGCUGAUUGAUGAAGAGCACGUCAAGACGCGAAACAAGGCCGCAGAAUGCGUAUUUGGAAAACAAGUAAGAGAACUGGGUUCGCAGUGGAUACCGGACCUAGGCGUACCCAUUGGAGUCUUAUAUUGCAUGAAGUGCGAAUGCAUACCGUUUCAGAGGAAACGAAGGAUCGUCGCCCGAGUGCAGUGCCGCAGCAUUAAAAAUGAAUGCCCGGAGCCCACUUGCGAGGAGCCCGUCCUGCUGCCCGGACGAUGCUGCAAGAGUUGCCCCGGGGAUACGUACAGUCCAGACGUAAUUCAGGACAUCGUCCCACAGAACAUCAUCGAGGAGGAGGAAAAAAGCGUCAAACAUUACGCCGCUCUUCUGACGGGCCGCUCCUCGCUGGUGUUGAAAAACGAGGCCAUAUCUCACGACUACAACAAAAACAACGUCGUCGCGACCGGCAGGUUCACUUUCCACAAGAAGAACCUGCACUAUUCCUUCUACAUAUCAGAAAAGGCAGCCAGGCCGCGCUCGCUUCACUUCUUGGAUAGCGAGGGCAACAUUUUAGAAGAUUUCACCCUGUCGCAUCCCGGCGGUUUGGUGACCAGCUUGUACCAAAACGCCACGAGGAAAGUGUGCGGGGUAUGGAAGAGACUGCCCAAGGACUACAGAAGGAUGCUGAAGCAGGAGAAAAUGUACGUGGUGCUCAUCUGGGGCGCCAAAGAUGCGGAGUUCACCCUCAGCGGACAGCUGAUGAGAUACGUGGCUUUGGCAACGGAACAGUUCAGCUCUCUGCUGGAACCGGCGCCUGGGACGGAUCCCACGUUGAUGGCGGGAACUGGAGGCACCGCAAUUGUCUCCAUCUCCACGUCAGUAUCAUCUUCCUUACAUAUCGCAAUAAUCUUCAAUGGGUUGUUCAGCAGAGAUGAAAUUUUGGAGGUCCUCCUCAAUGUAACACUUACCUUGGAUGAGAAAAAACAAACCAUACUGCAAGAAGAUGUCAGAGUUCAUAAGCCAGCCACCAAUUUGAACCUAGUAGAACUGAGCUCUCCAGUAACUCAAGCCCAGUUAAGGCUGUUAACUAGAGGACGUCUUUUACUCAGCAUAUCCUCGGCUUCAAAACCCGAAGCCCUUCGCCUAAGCGGCAAUGUCAUCACCAAAGCCACUUGUGAACUAUUCCAGACAACCUUAUCCUCAAAUCCUUCAGACCACAACGGCAAUCCUUAUGGAACCUCUGGUUUAGCUUGGAUGUACCUCAACAAUCAAGGUUCACUGAUCUACAGUGUUCAAAUCGAUAGCUUACCACCAAAACAGUACCCUAUUAUUACAUUGGUGGAUCUAAGCACAAAGAGACGAACCGAGCUGGAGGAUCUCACUCCCUACUUCCACGAUGGAUGGGCCAAUGGAACUUUAGACAAACUAAGCCCUAAAAUUCUAGAACCCUUAUAUAAUGGCAAACUUGAUGUCAAUGUAGCUGUCUCCAAUUACACUGCCAUUCAUGGCAGGCUUAUCAGCAAACCAGUGGCAGAUGCAAGAGAUGCUGCCGCUCCCAUCUUGUUGAAAAGAGAGAACUACACACUACCCGCCUCUGCUGUUGGGUUGGCUUGGAUUUCGGUGGACAGUGAUUGUCACAUUCACUACGAUGUGACCGUUUCUGGACUGGGAACAGACAAAAAACUUGACCUGGACAUGGAAUUGUACCCAAUGAUAGCACCCGGUGCUCCUUUUAUAAGUAAACAUUUAGAGGAGUUCCAGGACAAUCAGGUAGAGGGCAGUCCUGUCGAGGCUCUUACCAAGGAAGAACUCAGCAGAUUGGACAGUGGUGUCAACUUUAUAAAAGUGAAGGAGAGGGACACGAAAGUUAUCCUACUUACGGCAAUAGUAACCAAAGUGAAAGUGCCUCCACCUUGUCGUGCCCCUUACACAGACAACAAUGUUCCAACCCUGUUUGACCACCCUGAAGUUGUCUCCACAGGUGAAUGCUUCUACGAAGACAAAUUUUACAAGGAAGAAACUUCCUGGGUCUCCUCCAGGGAACCCUGCAAGAUGUGUUUCUGCCAGAACGGUGUGCCCAAAUGUGACAUCAUGACAUGCCCGCAGUUGGACUGCCCUACCAACAAUGUGACUGUACGAGGAGAAUGCUGCCCAGUAUGUGUCGAAAGUCUGACCAAUAGAGACACGACCCCACAGAAAUGUAUUUUCAAUGGCAGGACCUACUCGCCCGGAAGCAAAUUCAACCCCUUUUUAAUACCAACUGGUUUUGACCGAUGCACCGAGUGCGAAUGUGACGCCAAGGAUCUAGAAAUAAAAUGCACCAGGCUGAAUGACAAUGAGAAGACUUGUUGCAAGAACUGUAACAAGAGUACGGUAAAUGUGGACAAUCCGAUGAAUGAUGACCAGGUGCCUCUGAUUGAAAUCAACUAUCCUCCUUCGAGGAAAGAGAUGUCCAUGAAGUCUGCAGAACUGGUGCUCAUGGAGGGUGGUUGCAAAAAUCUGAACAAUCCCGUAAAACCUUACCACAAUGGCAGCGAAUAUCAUCCUUUCAUAGACUCCUUAGGGGAGUAUAAAUGUGUGACUUGCAAGUGUCAAAAUGGAACCCCAAAGUGCCAGAGGCAGCACUGUGACUCCACGACGUGCAAAAGGAUGAUAGAGAUGAGGCGAAAGAAGAUAACCAUAAAUACGUCAGAUUUCUGUUGUAGUCUGAAAGAGUGUAGAAAACUUCGACAUAGGAAAAACCGCAAGCCGCACAACAGCUGAAUUAGUGAGAAUGAAACUGAAGGAAUGUCAGGAAUGUGACUUUUCACUUUUUUUUUUUUGGAACUUUUAAUGGGCUAAAAGUCCAAAGUUACCCCUUAACCAAAGAAGACUGAGGCAGUUGUAAGGAAGGAAGAGCUGUCAUAUUUAUUUGUAUUUAGGUUUUUAAUGAGCAUAUAUAUUGUAUAUUUUAGUUACUUAAAAAGUAGGCACAGUCAAAUAAGUACUAAAUGAGGUUAUUUAGAUUAUUUAUUUUUGUUAUUUUUUAAUUUUGUUACUCUGAACUGGCGUAGAGGUUUCGGUUUCAUUAUUUGACUGUGCUUGGAAAACUAUUUAACAAUCUAUUUAUUUGACAAGAAGAUAAAUUAUUCCAUAGUUGUAAAAAGAGUUUCUACGAGCUAGAAUACUCAAUACUCACUAGAGAUGAAGGCUGAAUAGAUCGUUGGAAAAAAACAGAAACGAUUUUAACAGAUUAUGUAUAAUAUUUAUACUCUUAUAAUUAGGUUCGUCGUGUGUGCACCCCUAUGGUCCGGGUGUAAACUAUGUACAGGAAUUAAAGAAAAUUUUUUCUGUUUUCUUCCUGUUCGAGAAUGAUAUCAAAAAGUUUACUAUGCAGAUGGACGUAAAAAUUUCGUAUUUUAGUUCAACUGUAUGUUUAGUAGGACAUAUCAUAUUUGGUGCCAUACCAAAACAAAUUUUAGGUACUUAAGCAUAAGUUUUGUCAUAAGAACUUGCCUGAUCGGAAACAAAAUAUACUAAAAGUAAAUCUGCGAUUAGGUAGGUCCUUUGCAGAACUUCUACCCUAUUCUCGUAGGAGCAUUUAUAUAAAUUACAAUUGGAAUCUCCCUUGCAAUAUUACAGUAUUUGGCUAAAUUAUUCUAGGCUAUGAUGUAGUAUUUACGAGUGAAUGUGAUUUUAUCCCAUUAGGACUCUAUUUUAGAGUAAAAUCUAUUGUAUAUAUUAUUUUCUCUAUGCAGAACGUACAAGAUGGUGCAAAAAAUCUUUAGCUUUACACACAUUUUCUGCUCCAUCUUGUAUCCUAUAUACGCUUUGUAAAUUUUGUUUAGUCAUAAGCAACAGACGUACGUAAUUUAGUAAUAAAGGACUUAUAUAACUAACUUUUUUAUUAAGUUGUAAUAUAUAGUGAUAAUGUGGGCCUCACAAUAUUGCAUUUGGUAAUAUUACUUAUUUCAAAUGAGAUUAGUUGUCAGUGGAUUCUGUAAAUAUUUUAGCAAAUGCAGUAUGUAACAGUAAAAGCUAUAUUUAAAAAUAAGUGUACCUGCUAGCUAGGAAUAUAUGCUUCAUUAAUACACU